AUGACACAGGAAGACAAUGAACAAAAGGGCGGAGUGACAAAGGAGGAAGAGUCGCCAAGUAAGAAACAAAAAGAAGACGACGGGGAAGGAAAACCAAAGGAAGCGAAGAAGAAAAGAACAAGCUCCAAGAGUAAAAGAAAAUCGUCGAAAGGAGAUGCUGGGUCCGACAAGGAACAGUCCAGAAAGCAAGCCAUUCUGCAAAAGCACAAGGAAUUGAUGUCGACAACAGAUGAAUCAAAACCAAGAAAGUCAAAGAGCAAAAGCUCGUCGAAGAGAGAAUCGAAAGUUGAUCAGGACGGGGCUGUUCUUGUGGAGAAGAAACGGCGAAGUUCAAAGAGCAAGGAUUCCAAAAGACAUUCGUCGUCAAAAGUUGAUCCAAAUGGAACGAUCGCAGUUUCGAAACGAAAGAGUUCCUCCAAGAGUAAAGAAUCUAAGAGUAAACGGAGCUCAACGAGCGCAGAACCGACCAAACGAAAGUCUCGGACGCAUAGCCCAAAGAGGAACUCUGGUACCGAGCUGAGUGGGAAAGCUCACAAGACUGAUGAUGCACCAAAGAAACAAUCAUCGAAACCGUCGAAGAGACGGAGCAGUACAAAGGAAGGAAAAGUGAAUGAGGGGGAUAGCGAGGGACAUCCAAAGAAUAAUGACACCCCUAAACCCCCAACCAUUAAGGAAGCAACCGAAGAAGGAGAAGAAGGCACAAAGAAGAAAGAGGACAUGCCAACAUGGGGAAGCCUACUGAAUAAAUCUGUCGAAAAUGAUUCGAAGAAGGACGAUGGCAAGGAAACGUCAAAGGAGGCAACUCAGAAAACAGAGGUGAAGAAGGAGGUUAAGCCAACGCCAGCCUUUGGAUUUCUCAUGGGCAGUCGUUCCACCUCCAUCGAAAAAGAAGAUCUUAAAGCAAAAGAGAGUGCACCAAAACCUACACCAGUAGUCAAGCAGCCCGAUCUGAAGAAGGAAAGAAGCAACCAAUCGCUAGCCUUCGGAAUGCUCGCGGUCAUGAUGGGUGGUUCCAAGAGGGACAUAGUCAAGCCGCCGCCAAGCGAGGAAAGUCCUCCAACAUCUCUGGAAAUUGGAUCGAAAAAGGACGAUGACAUCAACGAGACGGCAAAUACCCCAGUCUUUCAAAUGUUGGAAAGUGAGCGUGCGCCGCCGCCGACAGCUCCCAAGCAAGAUAGCAAGAAACCUAUCCCUACCCCCCCUACAGUUCCACAGAACGAUUCGAAGAAGGAAAGCAGCAACCAAAUGCUAGGGCUUGGACUGCUCCAAAGUAUAAUCGGGGGUUCCAAAAGAGAUGUAAAGCCGCUGCAAACACCAAGCCCUCCAAGUCCAACUUCUGUGGAAGAAGGACUGAAACAGGACGACGAUGAUAUCAACGAGACGUCGAAGACUCCAAUCGUGGAGGGCCCAGCAGUUGCCAAGCAAGAUCCGAAGAAGGAAGCAAGUAACCAAUCACUAGCGCUUGGAAUGCUCGCAGCCAUGAUGGGUGGUUCCAAGAGGGAUAUCGUCAAACCUUCGCCCCCGCCAAACACCGAGAGCCCAACUCCUUUGGAAGAUGGAUUGAAAAAGGACGAGAAAGACUUGGAAGGUGGAUUGAAACAAGACGAGAAAGACAUUCACGAAACGUCCAAGGCUCCAAUCUUGACGACAAACCCACCGCCACCACCAGUGCGUUCGGUCCAGAAGGAUCCGUCACCGGCGCCUUCCGACCAAAAGGAUCUUUCACCAGUUAGAAUGGUCACGAAAGAUCAUUCUUUGGAGAAAAAACAGCACCACGGCAGGCACCACGGCAAGCACCAUCAUAGCAAGCACCACCACAAGCAGCACAGCAAGGGCAAUGCUACUCUCAAGACAGUGGAACUUAUGGAAAGCCCCACUAACAGUUCCGUCGAGGACACCCUCAACACUACGAUGGAUUCGGAUAGCCAAGAAAAGAUGUUCGCUGGCAUGAAAAACAACAAAGGCAAGAAAGACGGAGAAAGACACAAGAAAGCCGGUCCUUCUCGUGUCAAACAAAUUUGCUGCAUUUUCGUUUCGCUGAUUCUCAUUCUUGGGGGACUGGCAACUUGGUACUUCUGGGACGAGUUGAACGAACUGGUAACAAAGUCGGAAGUUGCGGCAGUCAUGAUUGAGUCGCCAGCACCUUCGCUAUCCAUGAGUCCAAGCAUAGCACCCACCAUAUCCAUGAUGCCCUCGGACCUACCAUCCAUUGUUCCCUCCUCCAACCCAACCCUUUCUGCCGAACCAACCAUCCUACCAUCGGAAAAGCCGUCCAAUUCCAUGGCACCAAGCGCAAAUCCAAGUCUUUCUCAAUUUCCAUCCUUCGUGCCUAGCAUAGAGCCCUCCACGUCCAUGGAGCCUACCGCCUUACCCAGUAUGGUUCCCUCAAUCGAACCCAGUGUGAGUCAGAACCCCACUUGGACUCGGUAUCGACGCGAUUGGGAUUUCAAAGUACGCCUUCAAUGGCAAAAAUCCUACUUUUGGCAAGAAGAAAACACAGAACGUUUCUGGUGUUUGGAAUGUACCAAAUGUGACGAGUAUGGUCGAGGUGACGGUUGGGAACAUGGAUGCAGAUCGUAUGGCAGUGGCGACAAUCGAAACUGUCGGGCGGGAGAUUCGCUCUGGAUUCGCGAUUGCCGAUCCCGCGGCAAUCGAUUCAACGUGUUGCAGAUUGAUCAGAAGAGCUACAUGUUGCGAUUGGACAAUACCAACCUUUGCAUUGAACGACGAAACAAACAUUUAAUGUUCAGAGAUUGCAAUGAGAAUGAUAUCGACCAGCAAUUUGUGCCAUGGUACGAUUGGAACAAAUUUGAAUUGCGGCCAUUGGCCAUGGAAGGCUGGGGAGAACGAGAAGCCGAUUGCGUGUCACAGUUGCAUCAUCCCAAACAAGACGAAGUGGUGGGCAUGCACAAUUGCCGCCUAUCUCGAAUCUACGAGACACGGCACUGGGAACGAUACGGUUAG